AUGUUGCGGCAUGUGGCGCGUGCCACCCGUGCCGCUGGUGCCAUGCCGCAAAGUGCGACCCUGGCCAUUUGUGCCUCUUGGAUUCAACCGCGAUGUUUUGCCUUCUCUGCAGAGGAACAGCGGAUGAGCUUCCGUGUGAAAGCGGAGGACGUGAAGAUGUCCAAGCUGGCGGGUGGACUUUAUUUACGUACCACGCGAAGGCAGGAGACCCUUCUGGAUGGCAUGGGUCACAAGAGCAUUCAGAAUUGCGUCCGUAGCAUCAUCUUGGCGAACAAGUUCGCAGCGCAACAUCGAGCGGAAGGUGAUCCGGAGAAGAUCCCAUGGUUCUACCGACUGGGCUUUACACCCCAGUUGAGGACUGACUGGAAGACCAGUGGCGAGCUGUGGGUGAGUCUGAAAGUCGUUGCCUUGGAGAGUCCCUACGUGGCCUCCGAGGGCCCUCCGGGCGACCGGCUACGGAUUGGACCGACGGCCGAGGUGGAAGGCGUCUCCACCACCAUCAUAUCCUCCUGGAGCAAGCGCUGCAAGGGUCAGACCUCUGAGCCACUGCUGCGCUGCAUGGGGGCUGCCAACGUGAGCAUGGCCGUGAAGGGCCUCGCGCGAGCGCGCAAGAACCUGAGUGAGCGCAAGGGCGUUUUGCGGCUCUUCGUGUGCUAUCCGGAGCGACCGGGGGAGGAGAUGCUGCAGGAGAAACUGGAAGACAGCCAGGAAGAAGUGACCUUAACACAGAUUCGCCUGGAGCCACAACCACGAGCUCAAAAGCGAGCGAGCUGCAGGGAGGGGGGAGUUGAAGUUGCAUUGCUUCAACGACUUGUGACUUCGGAAGGCUUGCCUUGGCUUGCGUGGAUCAGAUUGACCUUGGUGAGACUUUUGGAAGAAGAGGUCUUCGCGGAGGUCCGCUACGGUCUGGCGCCUUCCGUGGUUCAACGCUUAGACUUUGAGGACAUCCGGGAAGGUACCUUGCGACUGUUUGUCCUUCCCGGCUUUGAGGGUGACGUGCGAGUGGUGGUGACCUUGGUGGACGAGUUGGCGGCCAAGGAGGUUUUGGCCCAAAUCCACCAUGAGCUCACAGGCGGCACGCUGCAGCGGAAGCGCCUGCUGGAGUUCCUCCACGCGGCGGCGGCGUCGCCGGCGGCGGCGAAGUGGCCCAGCAGUGGAGAGGUGAGCUCUGGGAACUUCGUCGAGAGCUUGCUGCAGAGGCCCGAGCCAGAGGUGCACGCCUCUAUCCCCGAAGGUGCCUUGUUCCCCCACCAGGUGGCCACAGUUGCAUGGAUGAAGCGCAUUGAGCGACAGGGGAAACAAAGCUUGCAGGUUGAGCCUUUUCACUUUGCGGGUACUACCUUGGGCUCGGCCUACACAAUGCGACUGCCCUUGGGUGGGGUGGUAGCACACCCACCAGGCUCAGGCAAGACUCGUAUUGUGGCUGCUUUGGCCAGUGAACGUGCAUCAUUGCAGCAUGCACGGCCUGCUGCUAUGGAACUGCCGGCGCCGGGCAGAAGGAAGGCUGUGGCUUGGUCCAAUGCUCCGAGAACAGUGCUCCGAGAACAGUCAAAGAGGAAGACCGUCAAAGAGUGUGUUUGA